AGGUUAAUUAACCCCCACUCCCCCUCCCCCUCACCCUCACCCACUUCUUCUGCGCCAUAACUCUUUCUUUCUUUCUUUCUUUCUCUUUUGAGCCUCCAAUCACGCACCGUACCCUUCAUCGAUCGCCAUGGCUGCAAAGUUAAACCAAGCUUUGUCCACCCUCUCCUUCGCCUUAAUAAUAUUUCUGAAUUUUCCAGGCAUGACAAGGCCCGACAACCCCUGCCCAUAUCCAUGUUAUCCACCGCCCACCGGCUCCGGCACCGUCACCCCAACAACUCCGAUAACCACCACGACACCGCCGUCCCAGACCGUCUCAUACCCACCUCCAGCUGGAUACAACCCUUCACCGACAGGAUAUUUCCCAUAUAACCCUCCACCGUUCGCAGGUACUUUUUCCGCUUCCCCUCCCCCUCCUGACCCCAUCUUGCCCUACUUCCCAUACUACUACAAAAAACCUCUUCAUUCCACCGAUUCUUCAGCAACCACUCUUGGAAGAUCAACCGCCAUGAUCGCGACGGCUAAUCUUCUUGUUUUUCUUUGUAGUUUCUUCUUCCUGUGAAAAUUUGAUGUAAUCAGUACUCUAAGCUAUCGCAUGAAAUGGCUAUGAAGUGAGAGAACUGAGAAGAGCUUAGCUUUUUUAAUUUGUUUAGUAAAGUAGAGGAAAGUGGCUUUUCCUUUUUCUUUUUUU